AUGGCCCUGCCUAGGGAAUCGGCUUUCUUGCCGACCAUCAAGUGCUCGUCAUGCGGGCGAGAUGUGGAAAUUUCCAUGAUGGGAGAUCAUCUCUGCGGCGGCCCGACGGCUGAGCGUGAGUUGUCACCGCCGCCGGAGGCCGACGAGGGCUUUGACAGCCAGUUUAGCCAACCGACGUCGGGAAAGUAUGGGUGGACGCCGCCGCCGGUAGAUACGGAGGCUGCGAGUGAGUGCUCAAAUCCCACGACUUGUGCUUCUGCCACUAACACUGUUGAUCCAGACCGCGCCUUCAUGCAUAGGGGCCAGUUGACGCCUGUGAGCCAACCCAGUGGAUCUCGCAGCGCAUCACCAAUAAUAGAUAGCGGCCUGCCUGCGACUGGCCGUGCCGGCGAUCUCUCUUCACGCUCGCCAGGAGCGAUUAGGAGACCAGGAGGAUACGGCGGUUUUGGUGACCACGGAAAGGACGAACCCGAUUCCGCCCUGAGCUCGAGUUUCGGCAGACCGGCAGGACCCGGCUUCAUGCAGAGGAUGAACACCAUCGCCCCAGGCCCAUUCGAUACGAGUCGGAGUCCAUCUACCGCAGCGUUUCCCACACGCAAGGACUCCCUGGAAAAGUACGACGGCCCCUCGCUGGAGGAGCUGGCACGCCCUUACGACGACCGUCCCAGCACAAGUCCUUCUAACACAUCCGGUGCCGGCAACCUCGCUGCACCCCCGAGGGCGCCUCGAAAGAAUGGUUAUGGCGGAUUCGGCCGUCCGGGGACAGCGGACGAAGUCCAGCCACCAAACUCAGGCUUCAUCAGCCGGUCCGAGACAUAUCCAAAACCCUCGCCCAGCCUUCAGUCGCCGGCAAGAACUUCUUCUGCACCCGGAACACGGCCAGAUCGCCUACGGCAAUCGAGCGGCGUCGGCCACCAGUCGAAAUUAUCGAUGAGCCCGGACACAUCGAGGAAGCCGCCGCCCCGAACCAGUCUGCUGGCGAACCACCGGCCCAAAAACUCGGUAUCCGUUGAUGUGGCUGCUGAAUUUGGAAUCGGUAACCCAUAUCAUACGCCUUCCGGCUCGGCCUCAUCUGGCUACACGACCUUCAGUCACCCGAGCCAGGCAAGCUCUCAGACAAGCCCGGGGAGGUCGCCGAUCGACCGCCGCGAUGCUGAUGCGGCGAUGGCAAAAUCAGACCGAUCAAUGACCGGCCUCGAGACGCCAAUGGAAAACCUGAGUACGCGCGGACGGAAUGAUCUUCCCACACCUCUCCGUACCCCAUCACCGCUCGUGACUCCGACCUACGCAAAGUCGCCUGGCGAGCGGAUUGACCCGGCGAUUCAACCUGGGAAACUCGAAUUGGAAGGACGAAGCUACGAUCGCUCCGCGCCGAGUCCGAGGUACGGCGACACCUACUACAGGGAGCCAGAGGAUAUGAGGUCCGACCACAGGAACGACCUUUCAGCUCGGGCACCCCAGACGUCCCCCGCGGGAUAUAAUAAUUCGCCUCCCGUUCGGAACGGUUCGCGUGACCCCUUAACGCUCCCGUCUCGAGGAGACUGCAAGGCAUGUGGACUGGCCAUCCGCGGCAAGAGUAUAUCGUCGGCAGACGGGCGGCUCACAGGCAAGUACCACAAGGCUUGCUUCGUGUGCACAACGUGCUCGGAGCCCUUUUCGUCGGCCGAAUUUUACGUCCUCGACGACCGGCCCUACUGUGAGCAACACUACCAUAAGCUCAAUGGCAGCUUGUGCGGAAGUUGUGGACGCGGAAUCGAGGGACAGUACCUUGAAGACGAGUCAAGCAUCAAGUAUCAUCCGGGCUGCUUCCGGUGUCUGGACUGUGGGCGCUCGCUCUCAGACGGCUACUUUGAGGUCGACGGCAGGGCGUACUGCGAGAGAGACGCAUGGAGGCGAACGCAGCCUCCUUCACCACCCGCGCAUCCGCCAGCGCCGCAGAAUGCGUAUCCGCCACCAGCGCCAGGCCAAUAUCCGGGCCGCCCUGGUCCACGUCCGCCGCGCGGGAUGGGCAAUGGGCUGCCGAACCGCCCGGGUCCGGGUCCAGGUCCGAGGCCGGGACCCGGUGGGCCGCACGGCAUGCCCCGGGCCCCGUACGGGCCCGCACCCGGAGGCCGUCGCGGCCCACCAGGGCCCGGGCUGGGUCCGAGGCCGCGGAUGAACAAGCGCAUGACGCGCAUGGGCCAGAUGUGA